CUGGGUUGAUUGCAGCCAUCUUUGCAAGAUCAUUCGCAGAAGGAGAACUCACCGUCGAGGAGGGAGAUCCAAAGCUUAUGAAGUAACAAACACCUCCAGUUACUUAUCUGUCGAGUGUGUUGAACGUGAGAAUGGACGACCUAAGCGACGACACGACCGUGUUCUCUACGCUGAAGUCGUUCAAGAGCUUCAUGGCGCGGCCCGAACGCACACCGUCACAGCCUACUACCUACGGGUCUGGCAGCGACCUCGGCAAACUCUACACACAAAAGAUGGAGAUGGAGGAGUCAGCCAAGCGUAUCCACUCCCACACCAGCCUGCUGCAGCUCUCUCAGGAGAAACAGCAAAUGGAGAUGAGUCACAAGAGAGCUCGCAUUGAACUGGAGAAGGCAGCCCAGAGCAGCUCCAGAGACCUGCAGCGUGAGGUGGAUAAGAACCAGGACCUUCAGAUGCGGAUUCGCCGUCUGGAGGAGAGAGAGGCAGAGACUGGGCGGAGCCUAACAGAGCAGGCGGAGUCAAACAAGCAGCUGCAGCUGAAGAUCGACGAACUGCAGAAACAUCUGGAGGAGAAGGACAACUUACUCACACAAGCCAACCAGACCGCAACCCGUCUUAAAGAUGAGCAGAGAGAUUUGAAACAGCAGCUUCAAACUCAGCAAUGCAAAGUCAGCACACUGAAUCUGGAUAAAGACUCCCUACAGGAGCAGCUAGAACACCAACGCAAGAAGUUCCAGGAAGCCAGUCAACGGCUGCAGGAUGUCCAGGCUUCCCAAACAUCCAAUGAGGAGGGCCUGCUCAAGAUCAGGGAGUUGGAGCGGCGUUUGGUUGUGCAGGAACAGGACUCCCUGAUUGUGAGGAACAUGAAGACCGAGGUGGCUCGAGUUCCGGACCUGGAGAGAGAACUCAAGCGCCUGCGCGAGGAGAACGCCUUCCUCAGAGAGACCCGUGAAAAUAGCAGUCUCCUGAAGGAGGAGGUUGAAGGACUGAGGAAGAAGCUGGAACGCAUGGAGCAGACCAGAGAAGAACUACUUAACAUGGAGCUGCAAAAAGAGAAACUUGUGGCGAAGAUUCAGGCCUGGGAGAAUCUUGGGCAGAACACUGGUCUCAAUAUUAGGAAGCCUGAGGAUCUAUCCAGAGAAGUGAUAGACAUUCAGCAGCGAGAAAUUAACCUGAAGCAAGAGAACUACAAACUAUCCAGCAGCCAUCGUUCUCUGGAGCGCUCCUGUGCAGAUCUACGUUCAGAGCUUUUGAGCUUGAAGACCAAAUCUUUGGAGGAUCACAAGAAAAAAGACACACAGGACGCCUUGGUCCGACGCCUUCAGAAGAGAGUCUUACUGCUCACCAAGGAGAGAGAUGGUAUGAGGGCUAUAUUGGAAUCCUAUGACAGUGAGUUGGCCAGUUCGGAGUACUCACCCCAGCUGACGCGCAGGCUGAAGGAGGCCGAGGAGCUUCUACAAAGAGUCCAGACCUACAACACAGACAUGGAGGCUCAAAUCUCUAAAGCUCUAGAUGAAGCUGCAACCUUUAAACUACAAGCACAAACGGCCGCGCUGGAACUGGAGGCUCUGAAGCAGCAGCAGGCCUCGGCAUCUGAGGGGAACACCCCGGCAACCAAUGAGGAGGUGCAGGUCCUCAGGCUGAAAGUAGAGGAACUGGAGUCUGAGCGUCAGCGUCUAGAAGAUCAGAACAACGUCCUGGAGAUGAGACUGGAGAGACACAACCUACAGGGCGAUUACGACCCAGUGAAGACCAAGGUGGUCCACCUGCGGUUCAACCCCACCAGCGUUGCCAAGCAACAGCGGCAGGAGGAGGCGGAGCAGCUGAGGGAGGAGCUUAACCAACUCCGCGAGCUGCUGCGCUCGGGCGCCAUGGCAACCACCGACACCCCACUCAACAUCCCGCCUACGCAGGAAGUACUUGACCUGCGUAAGGCCGUGGAGAGUGCGGAACUGAAGAACCAGCGUCUGAAGGAAGUGUUCCAACGCAAGAUCCAAGAGUUCCGCACGGCCUGCUACGUUCUCACGGGCUACCAGAUCGACAUCACCACGGAGAACCAGUAUCGCCUCACAUCCGUCUACGCCGAACACAUGGACGACUCCCUCCUCUUUAAGGCCAGUGGGGCGGUGGGCAGUGGGAGUAUGAACCUGCUGGAGACGGACUUCUCGCGCAGCCUGCAGGAGAUGGUGGAGCUGCACCUGUUCCACCAGAAGAGCAUCCCAAGCAUCCCAGCGUUCCUCAGCGCCGUCACCCUCGAGCUGUUCAGCAGGCAGACCACUGUGUAGCACACACACACACACACACACACACACAGUGGAGCUGCACCUGUUACAUUAUUUUUGUGUUUUAUUGAGUCAUGUUUUUCUUUCCCUCUUUAAUUAGUAUGAUGAGACUUUGUGUGUGUGUGUGUUUGUGAGGGUAGGGGGGCAGUGAGUGUGAGUGAGUUUGUUUUAAGUAGCAGUAGGUGGGUGUGUGUGAGAGAGAGUUUGUAGGACUUCAUAGACUUGUCAACAUGAACUGGAGUCUGUUGUUUUGACUGGAGUCCAUUUAAAAUCAGGACAAUAAAAUCAAAUGACCAAGACAA